GAUUGGAAGCCUUGUGUUGGUCUGGAUACAUGGGAGCCAGGAUACAGAGGUAUAUCCCUGGCACAAGCAGACACACUUUAAAGGGAGCUGGGGAGCAAAAGGGGAGUUCCAGUGUGUGUUUCACAUCCUAACUUUGGAAGUUGAGUGUAGCCAUCUGGAAGUAGUUACAAAUUCUGUAUUGCUCUAUUUGUAAUUCCAGGAUUUUCUUUUUCUUUCACCUUUCUACUGUCAUAUCCUAUGCAGCCUGAACAGUGCUUUGUAGUUGGCUGAAAAAACAUUGUUUGCCAGCUUACAAUCAAAGGGAGGGCUGAGGAAAACAGCUGAGCUCUAUUAGGCAGGAGCAGCCUGGACUGCCUUUCUUUGCUGCUGAAUAACACACCACAGGUGCAGGAUUAGCACAGCACACGGUACUGUGUUUUCCUAGCUGAACUGUGUGCUGCCUCACAUGACUCUCAUCUUUGGAGAAUCUGGUGGUGAUGUAGCAUGCCCAAGGAAACUGCCUUUUUCUGGACAAGAUGCCCUUGCUAAGCUCCAGCAAGUUGAGCAUGGAGAGCAGAAAAGAAGAUGGUGAGGGCACAGCACCUGCCCCUCCACAGAAGAAGCUGUCAUGUCAGUGCCACCACCAUUGUCCUGAGGACUCAGUCAACAGCACCUGCAGCACUGAUGGCUACUGCUUCACCAUAAUAGAAGAAGAUGAUUCUGGUGGACAUUUGGUCACCAAAGGAUGUCUAGGACUAGAAGGCUCGGACUUCCAGUGUCGGGACACUCCUAUUCCACACCAAAGAAGAUCUAUUGAAUGUUGCACAGGCCAAGAUUACUGUAACAAAUAUCUUCACCCGACGUUGCCUCCACUGAAAAAUCGAGACUUUGCUGAAGGAAACAUUCACCAUAAGGCCCUGCUGAUCUCAGUGACUGUCUGUAGUAUACUUCUGGUGCUUAUCAUCAUAUUCUGCUACUUCAGGUAUAAGCGGCAAGAGGCCAGGCCCCGCUACAGCAUUGGACUGGAGCAGGAUGAGACCUACAUUCCCCCUGGAGAGUCCCUGAAGGAUCUGAUUGAGCAGUCCCAGAGCUCCGGCAGUGGCUCCGGGCUCCCUCUCCUGGUUCAAAGGACCAUAGCAAAACAGAUUCAGAUGGUAAAACAGAUUGGAAAAGGUCGCUAUGGGGAAGUCUGGAUGGGAAAGUGGCGUGGCGAAAAGGUAGCUGUCAAAGUGUUUUUUACCACGGAAGAGGCCAGCUGGUUCAGAGAAACAGAAAUCUACCAAACUGUCCUGAUGAGGCAUGAAAAUAUUCUCGGAUUCAUUGCAGCAGACAUUAAAGGCACAGGCUCUUGGACCCAACUGUAUCUCAUCACUGACUAUCAUGAGAAUGGCUCCCUUUAUGAUUACCUAAAAUCAACCACCCUGGACACAAAAGGCAUGCUAAAACUGGCUUAUUCCUCCGUUAGUGGCUUGUGCCACCUACAUACGGAGAUCUUCAGUACCCAAGGCAAACCAGCUAUUGCCCACCGUGAUCUAAAAAGUAAGAACAUCCUGGUGAAAAAGAAUGGAACCUGCUGUAUAGCAGAUUUGGGCUUGGCUGUUAAAUUUAUUAGUGAUACAAAUGAGGUAGACAUCCCUCCAAACACGCGUGUGGGAACAAAACGCUAUAUGCCUCCUGAGGUGCUGGAUGAAAGCUUGAACAGAAAUCACUUUCAGUCAUACAUCAUGGCUGAUAUGUACAGCUUUGGACUCAUCCUCUGGGAGAUAGCCAGGAGAUGUGUGUCAGGAGGAAUAGUGGAAGAAUACCAGCUCCCAUAUCACGACCUUGUGCCCAGUGACCCAUCCUAUGAGGACAUGCGAGAGAUUGUGUGCAUCAAAAGACUACGUCCUUCAUUCCCCAACAGAUGGAGCAGCGAUGAGUGCCUGCGGCAGAUGGGGAAGCUCAUGAUGGAGUGCUGGGCCCAUAACCCUGCCUCCAGGCUCACAGCCCUACGAGUCAAGAAAACACUUGCCAAAAUGUCAGAGUCUCAGGACAUCAAGCUCUGAUGAAGCAAAAACAGCUCCUUCUCAUGAAGACCCAUGGAAACAGACUUUCUCUUGCAGGCAGAAGUCGUGGAGAGGUGCUGAUAAGUACCCUGAGUGCAGUCGUAUUUAAGAGCAACUGUUUGUUUGACAGCUUUGAGGAGACUGUUCUUAGCAAAAUCAGCUGAAUUUUGGCAUGCAAGGUUGGGAGAGGCUUAUCUGCCCUUGUUUACACAGGGAUAUACAGUUUUAGUAACUGGUUUAAGAUUAUGCAUGUUGCUUUCCAUGAAAGCCACUUAUUAUUUUAUUAUUAUUAUUGUUAUUAUUAUUUUGAUUGUUUUAAAAGAUACUGCUUUAAAUUUUAUGAAAAUAAAACCUUUGGUUAGAAGUUAAAAAGAUGUAUAUUGUUACAUUAAAAAAAAAAAAAAAAAGGAUGAAACUGUGCUGAUGAUGUAAGCAAAGCGACUUUCUCAUUUAUAAUGAAACUCUUGCACUCCAGCAUUUAGAAAAAGAGAGGG